UGAGCCGCCCAUUGUCGCCUUAAAAGAUUGGAGAAAUCGAGGGUGAGGUUAUACUUUCGUCAACGCGAUCAAAUAAAAACUGAAAACUCUCUUUUACGAACGAUAAAAUCGCAGAAAACAGAACAUUCACCCACGACUGAAGGACUGAGGCCCCAAAAACAGUAAGCAAAUUAAUAAUAAUACUAAAAAAUAUCAACUUACGGUCUACGAUCAUUUUGGCACGCUCUCGGGGAGUAAAAUUGGCGGGUAACUGCCUCCGGGAGGGCAAAACCGACGAUUGAAUAAAAAAAACAACGGAAUUUCUGAAAGAGUUCGGAGGAAAUUGUUGAGAGUCAGUAAAUUGGAGCUGUGGAUCGGUGAAUCGUUAAUAAUUAGUGGGCUUUAUCGAUGUUUACGUUCAACAAUCAUCACUGCAUAUUUUCAAGGAUAAAAAAUUAUUGGAAAUUAUCGAUUUGGAGGAUCAGAACUGAUGGAGUCGAUCGGAAGAUCGAAAUUUCGCUUGUGAAGUUGAGGAAUUGAAUGUCUCAUCUCUCCAAGGAUCCAAAAUUAAUAAAAAUCUAUUAAAUUACUCAAACGAUAAACAAUUCUCUGGGAAAGAAAAAAAAUUGAACUCCAAAAUCUUUAAAUAAUCAAUAAACAACAUAAAAAUCAUCGAUAUCCGUUCGAUAAUCAUUAUUGUUUAUCCUUCCUGAACGAAAUUGAAUGGGAACGAUCUCUGCGAGGAUCCAACAUUAAUAAAAAAACCAUUAAAUUCCUCAAACGAUAAAAAAACAAAAAAAUGAACUCCAAAAUCUUUAAAUAAUCAAUAAACAACAUAAAAAUCAUCGAUAUCCGUUCGAUAAUCAUCAUUGUUUAUCCUCCCUGAUCGAAAUAGAAUGGAAACGAUCUCUGCAAGGAUCCAACAUUAAUAAAAAAACCAGUAAAUUCCUCAAACGAUAAAAAAUCAAAAAAAUUGAACUCCAAAAUCUUUAACUAAUCAAUAAACAACAUAAAAAUCAUCGAUAUCCGUUCGAUAAUCAUUAUUGUUUAUCCUUCCUGAACGAAAUUGAGUGGAAAUGAUCUCUGCAAGGAUCCAACAUUAAUAAAAAAACCAUUAAAUUCCUCAAACGAUAAAAAAUCGAAAAAAUUAACUCCAAAAUCUUUAAAUAAUCAAUAAACAACAUAAAAAUCAUCGAUAUCCGUUCGAUAAUCAUCAUUGUUUAUCCUUCCUGAUCGAAAUUGAAUGGAAAUGAUCUCUGCGAGGAUCCAACAUUAAUAAAAAAAACAGUAAAUCCCUCAAACGAUAAAAAAAAAAAUUGAAUUUCAUUCUCAUUUUCGCACUCUCGAAGCCCACGAACCCUUGAAAAACCACCAAUUCCCCAACAACAACAUCAGAAUCCUCACCAUCCCAUCACCAAACCUCAUUUUCGCAUUCUCAAAGCCCACGAACCCUUGAAAAAUCAUCCCCGGAGGGCUCGAGCCCCUCCAAAAAACGUUCUCCCCCAAAACCAAAAUCAAAACGGCAAUCAAACCAUCAAUAGGGUCAACCCUUCAAAAUGUCCCAGGACCAAUCCGACCACGAGGCCACCAGGAUGUCGCUGUCGGACCCAGAGGAGAAUAAAGAGCCCCCGGAGUCGACUAAAGAGAACCCCGAGGAGAACGAAGAAGGCGAAGACGGCGAAGGCCGGAGGAUAGACCCAUCGACAUCAAAGAAGAAGAUAAUCCGCCGGGAGAUUCCCAAGCUGAACCCAGCUCGCCUGAAGGGUCCGAAGGGCGUGGCGACGAUCGAGGAGUACUUCGAGGGCUUCAAAUUCCACGGGAAGGGCCACGAGAAGGCGGACCUGGAGCGAGUGAUGAAGCGACUGGAGCACUGGGCACACAGGCUCUUCCCCAAGUACCAGUUCGACGAUUUUCUGGAGAAGGCGGAGGCCCUGGGGUCCAAGAAGGAGCUCCAGACGUACCUGACGAAGUACAGAAAGGACAUGCUGAGCGUUGAUCAGGUCAUGGAGGAGGAGAACGAGGAGGUGGGAGAGGGGAGGGAGAAAUCUCCUGAGCCAGUCGACGAGUUUGACAUGCUGAUUGCUGAGCAGAUCGAGAGGACGAAGCAGGUGAGCAGUCAGUUGGGGAAGGAGAGUCCAGGGGUGAGGGCAGAGCUGGAUGAGGAGGAGUGGAGGAGGGCGGAGGCGAACAGGAAGCUGGCGAUGGAGAGGAAACUCGCGAGGAUGAGGGAGAGGGAGAGGGUCGAGGCUGGGGGAGAGACGACUGGAGUUGAUGAAGAGUCUGAGGGAGUAGUCCCCCAGGGAGCCGAGGAGAGGGCUGAGAACGUGCAGGAGGCUUCAGCUCCUGUUGAGGAUGUUGACGAGAAGGAGGAGACCAAGAAGAGGAGUGAGAGGAACAGGCAGGCGGCCAUGGAGAGGAAACUCGCGAGGAUGAAGCAGAAGGUGGAGGAGACACAGAAUCCAGAGGGAAAUGCAGAAUUGUCAGGUGCUCCUGAGCCUGGAGGCAAGAGGGGAGAAGUUGCUUCUGAUGAACAUGGGGGAACUGAACGUGAUGGAGGUUCUGAGGACGUUGGGGAGGUGGGAGAGGACAGAGGUGGAGAUAAAAUGGAGCUGGAUGAGGAGAAACAGACGGGAGAGGUGGAGAAAGAAGUCUCGAGAGAUGAGGAGGGCCUGCAUACUCCGAAAAUAUCGAAUGUCUCGUCUUCUGGGCUCAACAAAACGAAUACCUCGAAGAAACUCCUGACUGACGAGGAACUUGAUAAGGAGAUUGGAGCUGCUGUGGACAUGUUCAUCAAGGGGAAUCGCUCGUCUCUGAAAUAAUUAUUUUGAUACUUCGAUUCAUUGGGAGAUUCCGUUUUUAUUCGUUGAUAUUUGUAUGCAUCGAGAGAAGUUUUUAACAUGUAUUUGGUAUAAUAAAGAUUAUUUGUAAAAACA